AUGGCUUCACUGCUACGCCAGAUAGUAGCCGGCCCUCGCGCCCAGCACCCAGAAGCAGGCCUCGAUCUCUGCUAUGUAACCGACAACAUCAUCGCUACCUCCGGUCCUAGCGGCACAUACCCUCAACUCGCCUACCGUAACCCGCUAUCGCAACUCGUCGCCUUCCUUGACAAGAAACAUGGAGACAACUGGGCUAUUUGGGAGUUCCGCGCCGAAGGAACAGGAUAUCCGGACGAAGAAGUCUAUGGCCGUGUCAAGCAUUACCCAUGGCCUGAUCACCAUCCUCCGCCCUUCGCACUAAUCCCCUUAAUCAUGGCCAGCAUGCGCAACUGGUUGACAGAAAACAGGGAGAGGGUUGCCGUCGUACAUUGCAAAGCCGGCAAGGGACGUAGUGGCUCCAUGAGCUGCAGCUACCUGAUCUCAGAAGAGGGCUGGAAGGCCGAAGACGCAAUCCGCAGAUUCACAGAGCGCAGAAUGCGGCCGGGCUUUGGUGCUGGUGUUAGCAUCCCCAGCCAGUUGCGCUGGAUCAGCUAUGUUGAUCGAUGGACGCAACACAAGAAGGUCUAUGUCGAGCGAGAGAUACAAGUCAUGGAAGUCCAUGUAUGGGGCUUGAGGGAUGGCGUCAAGGUCAGUGUUGAAGGCUCCGUUGACGAGGGACGUGUCAUCAAGAAUUUCCACACAUUUUCCAAGAAGGAGCGCGAGAUUGUUCGUGGCGAGAUCAAGAAGUCUGGAGGCUUUGCCGAUGCUGUCACUGCGGUCAUGGGCAUCAACAGCGCAGAGAAGAACUUACACCUCAAGGAAGCGGAGAACAUGGAAAAGGAGGAGAGGGCAAGGGCUACUAAGGGUACCGUCACCAACGAAAAACUCCACAAUGCUACAGGAGAUGUCAUCUUUAGACCCUCUCAACCCGUCAUCCUCCCCACCAGCGACGUCAACAUCGACUUUGAGCGAAGGAACAAAGCAGGCUAUGGUAUGAGCAUGGUGACAGCCGUCGCUCACGUCUGGUUCAAUUGCUUUUUCGAAGGCCAAGGUCCGGAAAAUGCCACCUCCAACAAACCCCCAGCCUCGUCAGGCGUCUUCGAAAUCGACUGGGAAGCCAUGGACGGCAUCAAAGGCAGUCUCAAAAAGGGCACCAAGGGCUUCGACAAACUCGCCGUAGUCUGGAAGGCCGUCGACGAACCCACACGUGGCAGAAGAUCCAGCAUCGUCAUCACAGAACCACCACCUGGUACCGAAGUCCCAGAGUCAGGAGCUGCAGACUGGAGGGGUCAUGGCUACAACAACCCCUCUCCUGGCCAAGGCAGGAACCUAGGCUUGAGAAGUGAGACUCCUGCAAGUAGAGAUGUCAGUCAGGCCAGCAGCACAAGAGAAGAAGAUGGUAUAGGCAGUGACACUGAAGGUGUGCAGAGUUAUGUUGGUGGUGGUAUCAAGGGACAUGAACAGGUCAAGCAUGAGAAAGAGGUGCAGGUACAGAGGAAAGAGGGUCCGUUACCGCUGAGCAGGGAUCUCCCUGGUCAUGAACAUAAGUUUGCUGAUGCUUAG